AUGAGCCCCAGAAAAUUUCGACCGAAUGCUUAUCAAGUUUGCGUAAAUAUCCUGAAAGCGAGGUAUUUACCCCAAAAUGCAAAUCCCAUGGUGGUGGUUAAAGUGGGCAAUCGCCGGAAAAAGACCGUGGUGCGCGAGAGAACGGACUCGCCGGUCUACAACGAGUACUUUGUAUUCGAUUUAUUCUGCAACUUGGAGGAACUUCUCAGCACCAAAAUUAUGAUAGCCGUAUAUUUGAAAAGUUACCUCCGUUUGAAAUUUUAUGGUAGCACGACUUUCGAAAGUGCUCUGGUAUGGGAUCAACCAGAUCAUCAAUAUUAUCACAAGUGGGCAAUGUUGACCAAUCCCAAGGAUCCUUAUGCUGGCCCGAAAGGUUACGUUAAAUGCAAUAUCGCAAUUAAUGUGAAAGGUGAGAAAAUGAAAGUGCACCCGGAAACAGAGGGUGAGGACGACAUCGAGGGGAACCUCUUGUUGCCUGUCGGUGGGGAAUUUCUGCCCUUCAGGCAACGGGCGUGCUACAUUUUUGCGAUUUAUCGAGCCGACGGUUUGCCAGAUAUGGGCAGCCUCUGCGUGAAAAAUGAUUUCGAGAAUAUUAACCCGUUCGUGCAGAUAUCGUUCGCUGGAAUGAAGGCAACUACUAGAGAAGCAUGGCAAACCUAUAGACCGAGGUUCAACGAGAAGAUUACCUUCAGAGAAAUGUUUCCAUCUCUGUGUCAGCGUGUCAGGAUCACCAUCAAGCACCGUGUUAACAGCUGUCGGACGUGUGUCGUGGCUUCUUACAUCCUGAACAUGAGCACCAUAUCGUAUGCAGGAGAAUAUGGCUUCCUACCGACUUUUGGCCCAUCGUUCCUUCACUUUUACGGAUCCGGGGCUACAGAAAGGAACAGCUGCUUCGGCAAGUGCUCGACAGCCCUUCCUUUUUAUCGCGGCAGAGUUCUUCUCUCGGUAAAAACCGAAAUGGACGACUCAGAAACAACGGCUGGAACCAGUGUCGAAACAGACCUCGCGGCUCCCAUUAUCGAGGAGCAGAAGUUGGAGCAACUGGAUGGCAUGGUGGCGCUCGAGCAUCCGGACACUUACAAGUUCUAUAACGAGACGAUCCGUACCAUGAAGGGCCACUGCAUCCGUUAUUUGCAUGCAUUAGACACGGGACGAUACGACGACGAGGGCGGCACCACGAAGCUCGAUCGCCAUCGCGUGAACCUCUGCCGUAAAGAGAUCGAGAACAUCCUGAGGAGGAUGAAGAUCAACGGCGAACUUCCGAACAAUCACUACACGAGGAUCGCGAUGGUGCACGCGUACCAGUAUCUGGCCAAAGUGAAAAGGCUACGGGAAGAUCCCCAGCACGGUCUCCCGGACGUUUUCAUUUGGAUGAUAGCCGGCUGCUCGAAACGUGUGGCAUACGCGCGAUUUCCGGCCGAAAGGGUCAUUUAUUCGGAAGAAGCGACAGAGAGGGGGCCAUCUUGCGGUCAGAAGGUGAACCUGUUCCUGAGGGAUCCAAGGGACGAAGAGGAUGCAGAUUACGUGGCCUGCAAGUUGGAGAUGUUCCUCUGGCUGGGUACCUCCAGCCACAUCGAGGCCUGCUGGGCCUCGAUACCACCUGGUUACAAGGUAGACCAGGAUUGGAACCCCGGGUCGUUCCCUAGAUACCUGGAGUACAGUCAUUCCUCGGCAUUUCAAUUGCGCGCCCACAUAUUCCAAGGUCGCUUUGAUCCAGGCAUGGAUGCAUCCGGCUUAUUGGAUCCGAUCGUACGUGUCGCGUUUCACGGUUACACGGCCUCUACCAGAGUUAUUAAGCAGACUCUCGAUCCGUUCUGGGAUCAAACUUUGGUACUACCGCCGAGAACCGUGCACGGAACCAAGGAGUACGUCAAAUUAAACCCGCCAGAAGUGUCUGUAGAAGUGUACGAUCAGGAUAUAUGCGGUAUCAAGGAGUUCUGCGGAAGGUGCGCAGCCGUUCCAUUAGUUAAACUCGCGGAGGAAACUUACACCCUGCCCGAUUUCCCCCCGAAACUUGAGUGGUACAAAUUUAAAUCGCAAAGGGAUUGCAGAGGCUCAGUGCUCGCUGCUUUCGAGCUCAUAGAGACAAUGGACGACGAGUCCCUGGACAAACCGAUCGUCCCUUCGACGCAGGAUGUCAUUUACAACAUCCCGGAAGACAUCCGGCCGAAGAUGACGAAUUACAGACUCGAAGUUAUAUUCUGGGGUGUACGGGAUAUGAAGAAGAUGCAUUUCGUGCCCGUGUUGAACCCACGGAUCGUCAUAGAGUGCGCUGGUGUACAAGUGAAGUCGGAGGUGAUGGAGAACGCGAAGAAACUCGGCAACUACAAGGAGACUCACGUGAUCGUCGAGCUGGACAUGCCAGAGCUCGAUGUCUAUUACCCCUGCAUCACGAUAAAGGCCUUCGACUCCAGGGGGUUCGGUUGCUUCAAAUACAUCGGGAUCUGCAUCAUUCCGAGCAUUUACGUAUUCCUGGAGCAACCGAUAACCGAGGCAGAUUACGACGCGCAGGUAUACGGGACCAGAUCGAUUUUGAGAUCUGCCCGGGCAAAAAAGCAGCCUGCCACUAUUCUACCCCUACCAGUUGAUUACGAUCCAUCGAAGAUAGAGGAGAACAAGGUUUUAAUUCCGUACAAGAAGAUGGAGAAGAAAAGUUCGUUGAUGAAGAAGAUCCUGCGAACUCUGAAGAGGUUCCUCGAGCGCCUGGUGCCCGGCAGACGGAAGUGGAGGAAGAAAAUGGCGCGCAAGCCGGAGAGCGAGGACGACUCGCUGGAUUGGUGGAGCAAAUAUUUCGCUUCCCUGGAGGAGGAAAGAAGCAGGGAGCUAGGCAGCUUUUCUCCAGGUGACCAGAAGCUCGUGGCGACGUUCAAGGUACCACGCUUUAGCGUAUUUUCAGCAGCUCAGCUCUCUGAUUGGACGGGAAACAGGUAUACGACGGGGAGUUGGAGAUGCAGCCGCAAUACGCGGGCUUUCAGGACCGUCUGAGGACGUUCGAGCUAUGGAAGGGGCGCAAGAGCGAGAAUCCCGACUACGACAGCGAAAAUUACGUCGGAAAGUUCAAGGCUCUUCGAGAUCGACGCCACUUUCCCCCAAGAUUACAUGAUGACCGUGCAAGUGUGGGACUACGACGCCACCUCGGCCGAUGAUUUGAUAGGAGAAACGAGGGUCGACUUGGAGAAUCGGUUCUACAGUAGACACCGUGCUACCUGUGGCCUAGCCACUACGUACAACGUAGAAGGCUACAAUAGGUGGAGAGACCGAGAGAGGCCGACGCAGAUACUGGAACAGCUGUGCAAAAGGAACAAUCUUCCCUUGCCCGAGUACCACGGCGAUUACGCGAAAAUUGGCCGAAAAAGAUUCGCCUGUGCCGAGAGGCAAGCAGGAACCGACAGGGAGGAAUAUAUGGCAUUGAGCGUGCUUCAUCAGUGGCAAGAUUUCCCCAUUUGCGGCUGCGUCCUGGUGCCCGAGCACGUCGAAAGGCGACCGCUUUUUAACGCCAUCAGACCCGGGUUGGAGCAGGGUAAAUUGGAACUUUGGAUCGACAUGUUUCAAUUCGACGAGCUUCCUCCGAAACCGGCAGUAGACAUCAGGCCGCCUGUUCCAGAGGAAUAUGAAAUUCGAGUGACAGUCUGGAACACGGAGGAUGUACCUCUGGUCGAGAACCAAUUCCUCACCGGGGAAAAGUGCUCGGAUAUUUACGUAAAGGGCUGGAUUCUUUACGACGAUUAUCAAAGGACCGACAUCCAUUACAAUUCGCUGACGGGGGAAGGCAAUUUCAACUGGCGCUUUGUGUUUCGGGUUAUGUACUGCAAGGGCGAGCGCGUUAUGAUCGUACGCAGAAAGAUAUCCAUCCUUGCCAGAAGCGAGACCGAGGAAAAGCUGCCGUGUAAAUUAUACCUGCAAGUUUGGGACAACGACCAUUUCUCUCCGGACGAUUUUAUCGGGGCACUAACGUUGGACCUGUCCAGAAUGCCAAGGGGAAGCACGAAUUCGAAGAACUGUACUUUAAAGCUGCUCGAUCCGAGCCUACCUACCAUCGACCUGUUCAAAGUAUCGCGAGUGAAAGCAUGGUGGCCAUUUGAACAACGCGUGGAUAUAGGCCAGUACAUUCAGGCGGGUAAAGUCGAACUGGAAAUAUCAAUAUUGCGCGCGGAGGAGGCUAACGAGCAGCCAGCAGGCAGAGGAAGGGACCCACCUCAAAAUCUUCCUCCACCCAACCGACCGGAUACUUCGUUCUCCUGGUUCCGGAACCCCUGGAAAGCGUUUCGCUUCGUGGUCUGCCGCUAUUACAAAUGGAGGAUAAUAUGCUUCUUCGUGUGCCUGCUGCUAGUGCUGCUGGCAGGUUGCGCAAUUUACGCAUUCCCUGGAUACCUGGUGAAGCGUCUCCUGGGUGCCUGA